GAGGGUGAAGAUUGCUAGGGAUUAGGCAUAGGAACUCUCGCGGGAAGUAGCUAUAGAAACCGAGCCGCUUCUCCUCAAGGUAGAAAACGGCGGAGAAGGUCCUCUUUUCUUGGGGAGGUUUUUCGGAGGGUGCGGUUGGAAGACUUGGCGCCUUCAGCUUCAUCGAGGUUCAGAACACCUGUCCUAGGAGAGGCCUACUUUGUUUCUCCUGGCUCCGAGUUCUCUCAGUUGUAACGCAAUCAAGACAACAUUUCUUCGUCAAUGAAUCUGCUGGCUUAUCAGCACAGAAAAUAUAGUCCAAAUGAGGUUAAAGAUAUCACUGCUAAAAGAACCAAAACAUAAGGAAUUAGUUAGCUGUGUGGGCUGGACAACAGCAGAUGAACUUUAUUCAUGCAGCGAUGAUCACCAGAUUAUAAAAUGGAACUUGUUAAAUGGAGAAACAGCACAAGUUGUCAAACUUCCUGAUGAUAUCUAUCCUUUAGAUCUUCAUUGGUUUCCUAAAAAUUUAGGUGGAAAGAGACAAACCCAUGCUGAGAAUUUUGUACUUACAAGUUCUGAUGGUAAGUUUCAUUUGAUUUCCAAAACUGGAAGAGUUGAAAAAAGUGUAGAAGCCCACUGCGGAGCUGUACUUGCAGGAAGAUGGAAUUAUGAAGGUACCGCACUUGUUACAGUUGGUGAAGAUGGGCAAAUAAAAAUUUGGUCCAAGAGUGGAAUGCUAAGAUCCACAUUAGUACAACAAGGAACACCAAUAUAUUCAGUAGCAUGGGGUCCAGAUUCUGAAAAAAUUAUUUACACAUCAGGAAAACAACUGAUUAUCAAACCACUUCAGCCAAAUGCUAAAGUUUUACAGUGGAAAGCUCAUGAUGGAAUUAUUCUAAAAGUUGAUUGGAAUGCUGUCAAUGACCUUAUUUUGUCAGCUGGGGAAGACUGUAAAUAUAAGGUUUGGGAUAGCUAUGGUCGUUUGCUGUAUAGCUCAGUGUCACAUGAAUAUCCCAUCACUUCUGUUGCUUGGGCUUUGGAUGGGGAAUUAUUUGCUGUUGGAUCCUUUCACACUUUACGACUUUGUGAUAAAACAGGGUGGUCCUAUGCUUUAGAGAAACCAAACACUGGCAGCAUAUUCAAUAUUGCUUGGUCUACUGAUGGUACACAAUUAGCUGGGGCGUGUGGAAAUGGACAUGUGAUUUUUGCUCAUGUUGUGGAACAGCGCUGGGUAUGGAAAAACUUUGGAAUAACAUUAACUAAGAGAAGAACCAUGGAGGUUCGUAACGUACUUAAUGAUGCAGUGGAUUUGCUGGAAUUUCGUGACAGAGUCAUUAAAGCAUCUUUGAAUUUUGGUUAUUUAGUAGUUUCAACAUCUCUUCAGUGUUAUAUAUUCUCAGUUAAAAACUGGAAUACACCUUUAAUCUUUGACCUCAAAGAAGGAACUGUCAGUUUAAUUUUACAAGCAGAAAGGCAUUUUGUUCUUGUUGAUGGUGGAGGAGUCUACUUAUAUUCCUAUGAGGGACGUUUAAUUUCCUCUCCAAAGUUUCCAGGCAUGAGAACUGACAUACUGAAUGGCCAAACUGUAUCCUUGAGUAGUGAUACUUUAGCUAUAAGGGACAAAUCUGAUGAAAAAGUUAUUGAUCUGUUUGAACCUUUAUCUGGCAAACCAUUAGGAGAUGGAAAACCCCUUAGUCAUAAGACAGAAAUAGUGGAAAUUGCCUUAGAUCAGAAGGGUCUUACAAAUGAAAGGAAAAUUGCUUUUAUUGACAAAAAUAGAGAUCUUUAUAUAACCUCUGUGAAAAGAUUUGGAAAAGAACAGAAAAUUAUCAAAAUAGGAACAAUGGUGCAUACUCUGGCAUGGAAUGACACAUGCAACAUACUAUGUGGUCUGCAGGAUACACGUUUCACAGUCUGGUACUACCCCAAUGUAGUGUAUGUAGACAAGGAUCUCUUGCCAAAAACUCUCUAUGAAAAGGAUGCAAGUGAAUUUAGUAAAAGUCCCCAGAUCUUAAGUUUUGUUGGCAAUCAGGUAACAAUCAGAAGAGCCGAUGGCUCACUUAUUCACAUUAGUAUUUCACCAUACCCAGCUAUUCUUCAUGAAUAUGUGAACAAUUUGAAAUGGGAAGAUGCCAUCAGAUUAUGUCGUUUUGUCAAGGAUCAAACAUUAUGGGCUUGUUUAGCUGCUAUGGCAAUCGCCAAUAAAGAUAUGAACACAGCAGAAAUAGCCUACGCAUCAAUUGGUGAGAUUGAUAAAGUUCAGUAUAUCAGUUCCAUCAAAGAUCUUCCAUCAAAAGAAUCAAGAAUGGCUCAUAUUCUGCUUUUUAGUGGAAAUGUCCAGGAUGCUGAAACUUUGCUUCUGCAAGCUGGGCUUAUUUACCAGGCGAUUCAAGUUAAUAUUAAUCUAUACAACUGGGAAAGAGCACUAGAACUUGCUGUGAAACACAAGACGCACGUUGACACAGUGCUGGCUUACCGACAAAAGUUCUUGGAUGACUUCAGUAAAAAAGAAACGAAUCAGCGAUUUUUGCAAUAUGCAGAAGGGCUUGAUGUUAACUGGGAAAAAAUCAAAGCUAAAAUUGAGUUGGAAAUUGCAAAAGAACGAGAACGAGCUACUGCUACUCCAACAGUCAGAGGAAGCAUGAUCAUUCAGCACUAAGACUUGUAUUGAUUUUAUGAAAUAUGAACUUUGUAUAUGUAAUUCAAUAUAUUAAGUUACUGAUAAUAUUUAUAUACAAUGUUUAGUUUUUAUAGUUACUUUAGAAAAUGAAUGUGUAUGUAUGUAAUCUGCUGGAAUGAUAAAUACAUUUUUGUUAUAAUGUUCAUAUGAGUACUCUAAAUGAACAUAUUUCUAAUAUUAUAUGUACUGGUACUAUUAAUGGUGCAUAUUAAAUCUGUC